CUUCAUGCCAAAGUUUCUACGCACGUACAAUUUUUAAGGUCUGUCAUUUCGCAUUUGGAGCAAGAACAAAUAAAAAAAUAAUUGGAUAUACAUAAACGAAAUAUGUAAUCUAUGUGGAAAACAUAAAAGCAUUAAAAUAUUUGAUAUGGUUUCUAAAACAUGCUUUUUUUGGGUCAUCUGCUUGUAAGGCUACAUCCAUUUGAAUUGUGGAAUGAGAAACUAAGGAAAUAUGGUUAAUUUCGCUGAAAUGAUUCGAUUAAGGCGAUUGAAGAACGGCGAACAAUCAGCAUUAUCCUCAAUUCUGUGCACUUGGGAAAAUUACUAUUCGCCAUAAGAAAUUAAAGGCAGUAACAUAUGUGUCGUGAUGUCCAGUAAUAAAUUAAGAGAAUAAUGCAAAUUUAAACAUAUACUUUCUAUAACAUUCUAUUGGAUUAAUUACAUCGCUAUUGAAUCAACGUUUGACAUGUGGUAUGACAUGAACUACGGUCAUGAAAGGGAAACGAGCACCAACAUGCAUCCAUAUUUUGAAGAUAUUGGUGUUUGUACCAAUCCGAUGGCAACGUCAACGACAAAUACACCGACAUUAUAUAAGAACCACACAAGUCUUCACGACAGUAUGGGUACGUUCUCUACAACAAAUAUACCGUAUACUAAGUAUUAUAAUAAUGACAUAGCGCGCUGCCGCUCAAGUAGCAGGGCUACAGAUUAUAGUGACACAAAUAUUUAUUAUGAUCAUUAUCUUAUGGAGCCACGCCCACAUACAUCAAUGCAAUUGCAAUCAACUGCGGGUUAUGACGAAUAUGGAUCAAACGGUACCAAUAAAAUGCCGCCUUAUAAUGAAAGGCUAUCAAAUGUAACAACAAUGGCAUAUGAACAAAAACUGCAAGAUUUGCAGAAACGACGCCAAUCAAUAAUUCUGGCAAUGACAACGGCAUCUGUCAUUGCAAGCGGUGAAACACGUAUACCGCAGCAUCUCUUAAAAAAGUCAGAAUCGUCAACAAAAGCUGUUGGUACUGGUACGCUAACAAAUGAUACAGUAUAUUUUCCAGCAACGAAGCAUUCCAACUUGCAAGAUAUCUCUUCUUACGCGCACACAAAUGAUACUUACUUUUUUAAUAGUAAUGCCGAUUUAAACAAUGAUCAUAAAUGUCGUUCCUAUACUUCUGCAAAAAUUAAUAUAGAUGGUCUACCUACUACACCAAUGGCUGCUCCUACAACACAUUUGCUGUCUUCAUCAUCACCAAUUGUAUCAUCCGAAAAUAUAAAAUAUAUAAAUAACAUAUCAACACCAGGAACAUCCACAUUGCAAACAAAUAUAUCAUCUUAUGGAAUACCAAAACUUUCAAAAAAAUUACCCGAUACGCCACUAACCAGUAAUAGAGCAAAGAGUAAGCAAUUACCGCAGUCGCCUACAACAUUCCAAAAAGCGCCAACGAUUGAUCUUAUAUCAAGUUCACAAAAAGUAAUAGAUUCUAAGACGGAUCCAUUUAUUAUCAAUAGCUCAAUUUCCACAAAUUUAUCAAUUAAUCGGGAUGAUGCCUCAACAUCAUUAUAUUUGAACAAAGUUUCUUCAAUAAACUGCACAGCGCUUUCAAGUUAUAAUAUUUCAGAUGAUAAUAUUGAGAGUCAUAGUAAGCGCCUUGUGUUUAACACCAAUUUUAGGGGAAAUUACGAUAAUAAUUUUAAUCAAAACAACAAUUUUUAUGACAAUGAUAUAGGCAUCAGUUGUGACAAAUUAUCCGAAAACUCGAAGGUUACAUAUGAAACUAUAAAUGUAGAAGAAGGGUAUUGUGAUGAAUUUGUUGAGGAUACCGCAAUAAUGUCUUCAUCCCCGUCCAUAUAUCAUCGUAAGAAACAACUAGAAAAUGUCACAUCAUCAGCUAUUUCAUCGGACACUUGUAUUUUGCGAGAAACAUCGUAUGAACUCGAUGCAAAUUAUAAAAAAAACGUUGCCUUAGACACAUCCGGCAAUGCAUUACAAUUUAUUGAAUCAACACCAUCGAUAGAUCUGGAUAACAAAUUUAAUUUAAGUACUACUCUAUCUGAUGAAAUAUUGACUGAAUCUUCGACAAUACCUAGUUCCAGCAACAAAGAUCCAAAUGAUUUAAAACCUAUAAGUAAUGACAUCAGCAGUAAACACACUGACGUUUUCCAUUCCGAUCCCAGACAUUCAUAUCAUAACACAGACCCUAUAACAUAUUCAACUUUAUCGUCGAGCGUAAUGUUUCCAGAUUUAUCUUCAACUACAAUGAUGACAACAAACAUUUUAGAAGAUGUAAACGUUACUUAUAAUAAAACAUUUCUCGAUGAUGUAACUUAUAAUGCCACAAGUCGAAGUAGUUUGAAACACUCACAGAAUAAUAGUCUUAGUAAUAGCGAUGUUGACCUUGCUCCAAUUAAGUGUUCGUCCACAUCCAUUGCAAGCCUUUCAACGACUACUGUAUCAUCCCCUUUACAACGCAACGCCACAACUACAUCAACAUGCUUAAAUAACAUAAGCACAAAUGUUAAUGACUAUAAAGACAAACCUUGGGAAGCUGCGUCUAUUUUAAAGUUGUAUAGUGACAAAUUCGAGGAUUAUCUUCUGAAUUCAAUCGAAACAAAAAGUUCAACAGAAUCUGCGACAUCUUAUAUAGAUACCUCAAAGUCAUUUUUUGCGGACUCCACAUUGUCACUUCCUUUAAUCCAACAAGAAAGCACAACAUUUCUAAACAAUACGGAUGACUCUGAACAACACGCUUCAAAUCAGCCAGACAAAACAAUUGAAACAUCACAAUUAUUUUCUAAGGAAAUAAUCCCAAGGACAGAUAACGACAACUUAGUGAAUUCCCUCGCAACUCCAAAUGUAUCAUUAGAUACGACAGCACAGGAAAUGAAGGACUUACCUGCCUACAUAACCGAUUUCCUGUUCACAUCUUCGUUAAGUGAUACAAAUGCUUAUUUUAAUACCUACAAAAUAUCAGAUACUGUUUUGCCCGCGAUGGAAUUUAGUAGUACCGAAAAAACUACCAAUUUAUAUGAGGGGGGUGGUUACCUAAGCACAUUUCCUGAUGAUACAAGCUCGUUAUGCAGCUUAAACGAUGGGACGUCUGCGAAAAAUACCGAAAAAAUAUUAACGGAAAUGCUAAAGCCAGACAUCGACUUCUCAUCUAAAAUCGAAAAUGUACAGGAUGAUUUAGAAGAAGAAGAUAACAAAUAUAGUUCACUUAAACUCGAUAUCUCGACUUACACAUCAGACUCCGAUUUACCAACAGUUAACUUUGAUGACACAUUUUAUAAUAGCUUCAAUGUUGAUCUCACUUCAUUGAUAUCGGACAACUCCAAUAUUACAACGGUUAGCUCCACAGCAACGACGUCUAGUGUAAGUGAUGUGCAUGCUAUUCAUAAAACAACUGUGUCCAUUUCACCUUUAGAUUCUGCCUUUGGUGAUGAAGAUGCUAAAACAUCUUUAAAUAACUAUAGUGAGUGCUCAUUGAGUGGUUAUUAUAAACCACCCAACACAAGUAAUGCUACAGAGUCCGCAACUGCUAAAGCUUCAAGCCUUUUUGGUGGAUUUUCCCAAAGCUUAAAGGGUGGUUUAGAUGGAGUUUUGGAUUCAACAAAUAGCACUGAUUCUGAACAUUCCACAUUUUCUAAAAAGAGUUUCGGGUUUGGUUUGGCUUCCAAGUUGGUGCCAAAUGUUGGUAGUUUACUAGCAGCUGCUACAAAAUCCACAUCCGCACCUGUAACAUCAUCAUCGCAGUCUAUAAACAGCCUCACAAAUACAUCAUCUGAGUCAGUUACCAAUGAAGUCUCAUAUAAGUUAUUACAAGGUGAAGAAAUAAAUAAUAUAGAUGUACAUACUGCGGAUAUUUUGGAUUUAGGAAAUGCAUCGCGAGGAGAAGAAAUGUACAACAACAAUAAUACCAAUGUCUGUAUAGAGAACAAUAAUUACAAUAAAGAUAGCUCUGAACUUUAUGUCUCCUCAGCUAUCAGCACAAAUAUAGAACAGGACACAAUGACCGUAGACGAUAUUAGUUAUACAUCACAACAUGUAGAAUAUUGCCAAGUAACUAAUAGUAUUGAUUAUACAAAGGAUGAUGUGAACACUAAACCUGAUAUGACCGUAAUGACAACUGCAGAUAAUGUAUGCAGUGGAAUAUCUGCAUAUACCGAAAAUAAUCAUUACACGGAAAUGAAUGAUUACAACGAGUAUGAUUAUGUGACGGCGCCCGAAAAUUUAAUCAAUGAACCAAAAUAUGUUAUAAGCUCGACUACAAGAUCAGAUGUUUCAGCUGUGACAAAUAGUACGGCCACAUCAACAAGUAUUAAAAGUUCGAUAUUGCCAUCUCUAUCCAGCAUAACAUCCAACGUAUCUAAACCUACACCAGCAACAAAAAGUGGCGCUAGUGGGGGAAUGUUUGGUUCAUUUUUUGGAAAAGCUGCUGUGGCAAUGCAAACUGCUACCCAAGUUCUUAACCAAGGGGCUUCGAUUGCAAGCACAAAAGUGCAAAAAAAUCUGCAGUCUAAUGCACCAUUGCAGGAGUCUAAUAUAAAAGAUGAGUCCAAAAUCUCAAAACAGCAAAAUCAUAUAUAUUCAUCUUCUACAGCAACAUAUUCAUCUACUAUAUCAGUUUUUGCCAAUGAUAAUAGUAGUUUUCCAAUUCAAAACGAGGAUAUAGUUAAGUCACAAUCACUCGGAAAUGUGGAUGAUUCCGACGAAAGCCACUAUAGUACAAAUGGUAAUCAAAUCCAGUUUAAUCAACAUGUUAAACUAUUGCCGACUGUGCCAACAGCUGGAUCAACUGGCAAAAAACUGCCCAUCAUCAAUGGUAAAUCGGGAAUAUUAAUGAAGCAGCCUGCAGAGAUUUACGAUGAUAAUGAAGACGUUAUCCGUAGCAAAUCUCUUCAGUUAAAACGGACACCGAGUUACGAUAUCGAUAAUGGACAGGAUAACUAUUACUUGGAUGUCCAGCACACAGCACAAUCGACGGCAAUACCAACGACUACGAAUGCAUAUUUUGAACACGCAAAUGGUGGUUAUGAUUACCAUGAUGAUUAUUUUGAGGCAGAUGAUGAAUAUAAAUGUAUCGAAAUCUCGAAAAACAGCAUCGAAAAUUCCAAGAAUUCACAACACAAUCGAAUACAACUGGGCUAUGUGGAUGAGGAGUCGGAAUAUCACUCCAAUGAAAAUAGUGAAGAGUACAUUGACGACAUAUGCCACAGUGACGGCAGUGGCAAUUAUGAAGAAAGUUCAAAUGGCAGUCUUAAGAGUAGCGAAAUGACUGUAAAAACAACCAUUACAAGCAACCAAAACCCAAAGGAUGUGGAUAGUGUACCCAGCAAUCAUAUAUAUGGUCAUCAUGUGAAGAAACAGGAUAGCGUUAUAUUAGAAGAAGAUGAGGAGGAUGAAAUUUCAUCAAUUGGUUUGCACGAUACUGUGGGCUCCCCAUCAAAAUCAUUAAGUCGUAAAUCUAGUAACGUUGUUAUGAACGAUGACGAGUUUCCAACGAAUGAUAUGCAAGCAACGUCUAGUCAAACUUGCAAAAAGAAAUUAAUGCGUGGUGAGACGGAGGAAGUUGUGAGCGGACAUAUGCAAAUUUCUAAGAGAAAACCGGAAAUAACUGCAAUUAAACGAUGGCAUUGGGCUUAUAAUAAAAUUAUAAUGCAAUUAAAUAACGGAGGAGGUACUGGUUCGGUCGGAUUAAGAGUUAAUGGUCACCCGGGAGAUAAUCCAUUUUAUAGCAAUAUUGAUAGUAUGCCCGAUAUAAGGCCUCGCCGAAAAUCCAUUCCUCUUGUUUCCGAAAUAACUAUGGCGGCUAUAAAGCGUAAUGCUGGACUUACUUCGGCAGUACCUAGAGCCACUCUUAAUGACGAAGAAUUGAAAAUGCAUGUAUACAAAAAAUCUCUGCAAGCUUUAAUUUAUCCAAUUUCCUCAACUACUCCACAUAACUUCGUACUAUGGACGGCUACAUCUCCAACCUAUUGCUACGAGUGUGAAGGGCUUCUGUGGGGCAUAGCUCGACAGGGUGUCCGAUGCACAGAAUGCGGUGUUAAAUGUCACGAAAAAUGCAAAGAUCUAUUAAACGCAGACUGUUUGCAAAGAGCCGCAGAAAAAAGCUCUAAACAUGGUGCUGAAGAUAAAGCGCACUCUAUAAUAACUGCCAUGAAGGAACGCAUGAAACAGCGAGAAGAAGAAAAGCCAGAAAUAUUUGAACUAAUUCGAGCAGUUUUUAACAUAGAAGAGAAAAGUCACACUGGUCAUAUGAAAGCGAUGAAGCAAAGCGUUUUAGAUGGUACCAGCAAAUGGUCUGCCAAAAUAGCCAUAACAGUGAUAUGUGCUCAAGGCUUAAUAGCGAAGGAUAAAAGCGGUACUAGUGAUCCAUAUGUGACGGUUCAAGUUAGUAAAGUAAAAAAACGUACACGAACAAUGCCACAAGAAUUAAAUCCAGUUUGGAAUGAAAAGUUCCACUUUGAAUGUCACAAUUCAUCUGACCGUAUAAAGGUUCGUGUUUGGGAUGAAGACAACGAUCUUAAAUCUAAACUCAGACAAAAACUUACUCGUGAAUCCGAUGAUUUCCUUGGUCAAACAAUAAUAGAAGUCCGUACACUGUCAGGUGAAAUGGAUGUGUGGUAUAAUUUAGAAAAACGCACUGAUAAAUCCGCAGUUUCCGGAGCUAUUCGUUUGCACAUAUCAGUUGAAAUAAAAGGCGAGGAAAAGGUUGCUCCUUAUCACGUUCAGUACACAUGCUUACACGAAAAUCUUUUUCACUAUCUUUGUGAGGAAAACAGUGGCAUGGUCAAAUUGCCGCAACAAAAGGGAGAUGAUGCUUGGAAAUUGUAUUUUGAUGAAAUUCCCGAAGAAAUUGUCGAUGAAUUUGCUAUGCGUUAUGGCAUAGAGAAUAUUUAUCAAGCUAUGACACACUUUCAUUGUCUAUCAGCAAAAUAUUUGUGCCCUGGAGUUCCAGCAGUCAUGAGCACGCUUUUAGCCAAUAUUAAUGCGUAUUACGCUCACACCACCGCAUCGUCCGCAGUGUCUGCAAGCGAUCGUUUUGCCGCAAGCAAUUUUGGAAAAGAAAAAUUUGUUAAACUUCUUGAUCAAUUACACAACUCACUACGAAUCGAUCUUUCCAUGUAUCGCAAUAAUUUUCCAGCAUCUAGUCAGGAAAAACUAAUGGAUUUAAAGUCAACCGUCGAUUUACUAACCAGUAUUACAUUCUUUCGUAUGAAAGUUCAAGAACUUUCGAGUCCACCGAGAGCUAGCACCGUCGUUAAAGAUUGCGUUAAAGCUUGUCUUAGAUCCACUUAUCAAUUUCUUUUUGAAAACUGCUACGAACUGUAUAAUAGGGAAUUUCAGGUGGAUCCAAACGAGGCCAAGCGCGAAUCUGACGACCAUGGACCAAAAUUGGAUAGUGUCGAUUUUUGGCAUAAACUAAUAGCAUUAAUAGUCUCAGUUAUUGACGAAGAUAAAAAUAGCUAUGGAACAGUUCUAAAUCAAUUCCCACAAGAGUUAAAUAUUGGGCAACUUUCAGCGGCUACGAUGUGGAGUUUGUUUGCCGUUGAUAUGAAAUAUGCUCUCGAGGAGCACGAACAACAUCGAUUAUGUAAAUCAUCUUCCUACAUGAACUUGCAUUUUCGGGUUAAAUGGUUGUAUAGUAAUUAUGUGAAAGAAGUUCCACCUCAUAGAGGAGCUGUUCCGGAGUAUCCAGCGUGGUUUGAACCAUUUGUUAUGCAGUGGCUCAAUGAAAAUGAUGAUGUUUCCUUGGAAUACCUUCAUGGUGCAUUUAAUCGGGAUAAAAAGGACGGAUUUCAACGAAGCAGCGAACAUUCUCUUUUUUCAAAUUCGGUAGUAGAUGUAUUCACACAACUAACUCAAUGCUUCGAUGUUGUUAGCAAGCUCGAGUGUCCUGAUCCUGAAAUAUGGAAACGUUACAUGAGACGCUUUGCUAAAACUAUCGUAAAAGUGUUAAUUUCUUAUGCUGAUAUUGUUAAAAAAGAAUUUCCAGAACACACGAAAGACGAACGCGUCGCUUGCAUUCUAAUGAACAAUAUUCAACAGCUUCGCGUUCAGUUGGAAAAAAUGUUUGAAUCAAUGGGUGGAGACAAACUUGAGGAAGAUGCUGCUAACAUUCUAAAAGAAUUGCAACAGAAUUUGAACUCUGCCCUCGAUGAUUUAGCCUCACAAUUUGCCAUUAGCCUUGAACCUCGCAUCACACAGUCGUUACGAGAACUUGGCGAUUUAUUAAUUGCUGUUAAGGGCAAUUCUGUUGCAGGCGAAAAAAUCAACAGUAAUGUUGUUGCUCUGGAGGCUGACGAAGUUUUGCGACCUUUAAUGGACCUUUUAGAUGGUUCUUUAACAUUAUAUGCUCAGUCUUGCGAAAAAACUGUUUUAAAACGACUUCUAAAAGAACUGUGGAAAAUCGUAAUGCGUACUUUAGAAAAAACAAUUGUUUUACCGCCAAUGACAGAUAAAACUAUGAUGUUCAAGCAUCUUACAGAUAAUGCCAAAAAUUUAGCCUCGAAUGCGAAAAUAGAAGAUAUGGGACGCCUAUUUAAGUCGCAUAUGGCAGGUAAACAAGAUGUAAAAAGUGCUUUGAGUGGAGUAAUGGACAUUUCAAAAGAAGUUGAAAAAAAUUUGUCGCCCAAACAAUGUGCAGUUCUUGACGUGGCCUUAGAUACAAUAAAACAAUAUUUCCAUGCUGGGGGAAAUGGGUUGAAGAAAACUUUUCUUGAAAAAUCUCCGGAACUACAAAGUUUACGCUAUGCGUUAAGCCUUUACACACAAAUGACGGACACAUUAAUUAAAACAUUUAUUUCUUGCCAAAUACUAGAUCCCGAUCCGGAUAUGCAAGAAGAAAGUGUUGGCGAAAUAUCAGUACAAAUUGACUUGUACUCCCACCCAGGCACUGGUGAAUAUAAAGUUAAUGUAAAAGUUGUCGCUGCAAAUGAUCUUAAAUGGCAGAUACCAUCGGGAAUGUUUCGCCCAUUUGUCGAAAUAAAUUUGAUUGGUCCGAACUUACAAGAUAAAAAGCGAAAGUUUGCGACUAAAUCCAAAUCAAAUAACUGGUCGCCGAAAUACAACGAAUCAUUUAAUUUUACUAUUGGUACAGAGGAACAACUAGAUUUUUUUGAAUUACAUAUUUGUGUCAAAGAUUACUGCUUUGCAAGAGAUGAUCGCUUGGUGGGCGUUGCUGUUAUACCCCUUAAAGAUAUAUUGGAGAAAGGUUCGCUUUCUUGUUGGCUACCGCUACAAAGACGCAUUCAUAUGGACGAAACUGGAUGGACCAUUUUACGUAUUUUGUCCCAACGCAAUAACGAUGAAGUCGCCAAAGAGUUUGUUAAACUUAAAUCUGAAAUCAGACAAGAGCCAACGGUGGGCACUUAAAAUUAAAUAAUGCAAAAAUAUAUGUUUAAAAAUACUAGCAAACAUACGGGAAAUAUCGUUUAACCUUUCACUUAUAUUUGUUAAUUGUAAGAAACUUAUUUACAAAAAUCCUUAAAUUCAAAAAGUUCACCUUAAUUGAUAUUGUUUAAGCUCUCUUAAUAAUAUAGCCCAUUAAAUUAAUACAUUGUAUAUAUGAUCAGUAACAAAACAUCUUAUUUAUUUUAUAUAUCUGAUAAGGGUUUGCCGUAUUAAUAGUUAAAAUAAAUCACCGUUUUCAUUAUUUAA